CUCUCUUUAUUUUAUCCCUCUCUCUCUCUCUCUCUCUUUCAAAAUCAUGGAAGAUUCCUCGCACGAGCUUAUAGAUCAACUCAUAGCUCAGGAAAAGUACUGCUAUGGUUUUGAUGCAUUACCUAGUUUGUCAGAACAAUCUUCAGGACAAUACUUUAUGCAGCAGCCAAAAUUAAAUAUUACUGAUGAGCACAAGAACACGAUGCCGCACCAAAUGAGCAAGGUAAAUCUACCUGUAAAAAAUGAAAAAGUUAUUACCAAUACUGUCAUCAAUAAGGAGACCGAAGAAGCAGAUGCUUCUACUCACAAGAAGCGAUGGACUGCUGAAGAAGAUGGACGUCUGGCUGAAGGAAUUAAAAAGCAUGGCUAUGGACAUUGGAAGCUUAUUGCAGAACACGUUCAAACUAGAAAUGCAAUGCAAUGUAAAAGUCGUGCACGUCAAAAGCCAGAGCUUCAAAAGUUUUCUGAUAACAGUAACCAGCAAAAUACCAAGGGUCCUUUUACUGAAGAAGUGAUCAGAUUACCAAACCCGUUUGAUCAUAUGCCCAAGUCAAACGGGUUACUCCCUCCACUUCAAAUGCUCCAAAGCUCUCUUCCUAUUAAUUCUCAUUCUCCCUUUGAACCAAUCCAUGUUAAUCCAUCUCCUGUAAGCCAUUUAGAAUCACCAUUAAGUACUCGUGUUCUUUAUGAUACUACUGUACCACCUAUUUCCAAUGGUUUUAUGCAAUCUCCUAUGAUACCACAAAACUCUCCUAACAGUUCCACUGAAAUCAGUUUCAAUGGAAAAAGAGAGUCUAGUCCAGAUAACAAACUACAGGAACAAGAAAAGGACGAAGAGGAUACUCAAAAAGAAGUCGAAGUCGAGCUUAACUUGAAUGAAGUCACAGAACACGAACGUAAAGGAAAUGCUGAAUGGUUCAUGGGAAAACCAGCCAAAACACCUGAAAGAUACAUGAGAAUCCGAAACCAUAUCAUUCAAUGCUGGAAGAACAGCCGUCCAAACUAUCUUACCAAGACAGCAGGCCGCAGAAAUAUGAAGGAUUGUGGAGAUGUAAAUGCUGUAGGACGAAUCCACGCCUACCUUGAGAACAACAAUAUCAUCAAUGUAAACUGCGUUACACCUGUAGCUGUUAAGAAACGAUCCUAUGCAAGAGCAAACCGCUCUUCUGAAGACGGCCCUUCAAGUAGCAAAAAAUCAAAAAAAGCGCCUGGGUAUUACUGGGCUGAUGUCGAUAGUGAUGAUGAAGGAAACCUUAUGGAUGUCGCUAGAAACAACAUUAUCAAUGGAGAGGGUACAUCAAGACCAAGACGCGCUGUAAAAAAACCUGAAACAUUUUAUAACGAAAGUCUCAAUGAUUCUGGAUUCAUGGAUGACGCAUUUCGUCUUAUUCCAGUAAGCUAUUAUCCAAAAGCAUCUUAUGCGCCAUUUUCAGUAACUAUCACAAGUGAUGCUUUGAUUGUUAUGGAGUUUCAUUCACAUCUUGCAAGUGCUGAAAUUAUCGGUCUUUUGGGAGGUAGAUUUGUUCAAGAUGAGGCAACAAAGACAAAGGAACUUCAAGUUGAAUAUGUAUUCCCAUGUCGUAGUACAAGCACAGGAACUCAGUGUGAAAUGGACCCUGAUUCAGAAAUGGUCGCAAGAGAAGUGUUUGAAAAGAAAGGGUUAAAAGUAGUUGGUUGGUACCACUCGCACCCAACUUUCGAUCCUGAGCCUAGUAUCAGAGACAUUGAAAAUCAAGCGUCUUAUCAAUGUCUUUUCCGUGACGAAGCCAAUGGUGUCGAGCCAUUCAUUGGAACAAUUAUUACUCCCUAUAAUGCCAAUAUCUCUGAAAAAUCUCAAUUCCAAUUCUUUCAUGUCGGUAAACAAAGAAGUCCAAACAAAGCAUAUCGUUUACCAUUUGCAUGUUUUCAAAAAGUAGCUCAAUGUAAACAAGUGUCUAGUGAUGUUCUUGACAUCUGUAAAGAUCUGCUGAUUCAAUACAAGACAUACGACAAAAAAAUUGAUAUGAAAUCAAAAUACGGAGCCAUGACACGAUUGGAAAAGCUCUUACGUUCUCUUAAGGGUCACUUGUUUAUGUCAACUGAAGAAAAUACCAACUUCUUACUCACAUUGAGCCGUAUGAUCCACACCUUGUAUAUGGGCCAAAAUGAAGACAAUGCUUCAACAAACAAAAGUUCUCAAGAAAAUAAUGAAAAUGUCAUCAAUUCUUUGACAAUCUGAUAUUAAUUUUACACACAGUAUACACAAUCAUGAUUAUAGCUUUGUCUCACCUAGUCGCAAAAAAAUGUAGCAACCUGAUCCAGCUAAUGAAAUCAAUAUGCCUAUCACAUUCUUAUAUAUAUAAUAAAGGAAAUUAGUAAAUAAUAGCAUUACUUAUCACUUA